AACAUCUCUCUCUCUCUCAUGGGUGGCUUCAAAGUAAGUUUGAAGAGAAAGGAGGUGGUUGCAACAGUGUUGCCAUUACAGGAACAGUACUUGCAGCUCUCAAACCUGGACUUACUACUGCCACCGCUGGAUGUAGGUGUUUUCUUUUGUUACCAAAAGCCAAGAAAGCAGGAAAAUCUCACAUUUACAUCCAUGGUUAGAAUUCUCAAGAAAGCACUGUCUGAAGCUCUGGUUUCGUAUUACCCCCUUUCUGGUGAGAUUGUGAUCAACUCUGUAGGUGAACCAAUGCUACUCUGCAAUAAUAGAGGGGUGGAUUUCAUCGAAGCUUGUGCGGACGUGGAUCUACAAGAUGUCCAGUUCUACAACCCAGAUUCCAGUCUUGCAAAUAUUGUCCCCGAGAGGAAGGAAGGUGUGCUCUGUGUUCAGGCAACGGAGCUCAGAUGUGGAGCUAUUCUGGUUGCAUGCACAUUUGAUCACCGAGUAGUAGAUGCCCACUCUGCCAAUAUGUUCCUUGUGGCAUGGGCGGAGCUUGUUCAGUCAAGACCCAUAUCCAUCAUCCCGUCAUUCACUCGAUCCUUACUAAACCCUAGAAGUCCAACAUGUUACGACCCAUCCUUUGAUGACAUGUACGUGGCCGUGCCUAGAUCGAUGUUGCCUCCUCCUACAGUUCCCAAACCUGGAGCUGAUCAUCUCAUAAGUCGCAUCUACUACGUCAGAGCCCAGGACAUCGACUAUCUUCAAUCUCUAUCCAACUCCAACAACUACAAAAAGAGAAGCAAAAUCGAGUCUUUUAGCGCAUUUUUGUGGAAGAUUAUUGCCAAAACCAGCAGUGAUGAUGCUGAGAGAUGCAAGAUGGGUAUUGUUGUGGAUGGGCGGAGGAGACUAAGUAAUGGGGUUGAAGACACAACAUGUUCGAUGGUUAACUACUUUGGAAAUGUGCUUUCCAUUCCUUUUGGCAAGAAAGCUGUAGGUGAUCUGAAGACAAAGCCAUUGGAUUGGGUAGCAAACGUGGUGCAUGACUACUUGAAAGAUGCAGUUACUAAGGAGCACUUCCUGGGUUUGAUUGAUUGGGUGGAGGAGCACCGGCCAGAGGCAGCGCUAGCAACGAUUUACUGCAGCAAAAGAGAGGAUGGACCGGCGUUUGUGGUUUCCUCCGGGCAGGGGUUCCCUGUCAGCAAAGUGGACUUUGGCUGGGGUAGGCCCGUAUUUGGGUCUUACCAUUUCCCAUGGAAUGGUGAGGCUGGGUACGUGAUGCCUAUGCCUAGUUCAAGCGGGAAUGGUGACUGGAUUGUCUACAUGCAUCUACUGAAAGGGCAACUGGAAUUCUUGGAAGUAGAGGCUAGUGAUGUGUUUAGGCCAUUGACGUCUGAUUAUCUUGGCUUGUCUGUUUAGAAUUAUCUUAUUUAUUUAUUUUUGUUUUGGUAUUUGGUGAUUCCCACCAGACUACAUUAAUAACUCCCUCCUCAAAGUUGGUGGUUGCAGAACCGGUUAACAAACCAACUGAGCCACCCCUCAAUUGGCGUGUUCUAUUUAAAACCA